AUUAUAAACAAAUUUAAAAAAAUGGUGUUUUGACGAAGCUCUUUUCCCGUUCAGGAUCAGUGGGAUAAGGGCAACAAACCAAGAUGGAAUUUUUAUCACUUACGCGCAAGCCAAUUUAUUGAGCAAAAUUCUCAGAGGGAGAGAGAGAGUUGGGCAAUGGCGUCGCAAUCGUCGGAGCCGACGAGGAUCAUGAUGGCGGUGAACGAGUCGUCGAUGAAAGGUUACCCUCACCCAUCCAUCAGCUGUAACACAGCUUUCGAGUGGACGGUGUCGAAGCUCAUUAAAUCCAAUGCUGCCGGCUUCCGCUUACUCUUCCUCCACGUCCAGGUCCCUGACGAAGACGCAUUUGAAGACAUGGAUAGCAUAUAUGCAUCACCUGAGGAUUUUCACAGUAUGAACGAGAAGGAAAAGAUUAGAGGGCUUCACCUGCUCGAGUUCUUCGUUAAACGUUGUCAUCAGUAUGGGAUUCCUUGUGAAGCAUGGAUCAAGAAAGGCGAUCCAAAGGAGCUAAUUUGCAGUGAGGUUAAAAGAGUUAGACCUGAUCUUUUGGUUGUCGGAAGCCGAGGCCUUGGACCAUUUCAGAGGGUAUUUGUUGGAACUGUGAGCGAAUUCUGUGCGAAGCAUGCUGAAUGCCCUGUGAUCGCCAUCAAAAGGAAACCUGCUGAGACCCCGCCGGAUCCUGUAGAUGAUUGAUUUGUUCAUUCCAUCCCUUCAAAAUCAAUGAUAAAUAUUGUGUUUAUUGCCUGUGGUUGUAUCUGCUUAUGUGCUAACAAUUUACUUCCUGAGAUUUAUUGUUUUUUUU